AUGGAUAAUCUAGCAUUAAGCAAUAUAGAAAAGUUGUGGGAUAAGAGUAUAGAGUCAGAUAUAUUUAAAAUAAAACUUCAUAACUCCUUGGGAAUAUCGAGGCAGUAUUCUAUUCCUACUCUAUUGGUACUCAGACAAAGUCUACAGAGACAAAGGCAUAUUUAUGCUAGUGAAAUAUAUCCCAACCUUCCUAUUCUUGUUAUAAGAGAUUCUAAAUGGAAAGAAACCCGUACUAACAUGAAGAAUGUGACUAUUCCACCUCUUUCCCUUACCCCACUAAAUAAGCAGCUAGAACUAGAAACAUCUACCACUAUUAAUAUAAGUCAUUCAAAUAGUACCUUGGUAUCUGAUUUGUGCACAUCUUCAUGUAAUAUACUCUACAACAUAUAUAAAUACUCCGAAUCUAAGUAUGAUAAAUUAAGUGACUUUAAGUGUUAUGAACAUAAACAACAUUCAGAAAUAAAACAAGUUCAUGAACCCUUAACAUCGCGUACUAUAUCUCGUCUAAAGCAAAUAGCUAUUGGUAAGAGUUUGCCUGAAUACAAGAACUAUAUAGCAGCAGUUCCAAUAGAAAAGAGACCCCCAAAUGCUCCCCAUACUCCUAAGCAUGAUAACAAAGUUAGUAGAAGGGAAUUUGAUCGGAUGUAUAGAGAAUGGAGAAUAAAAUUACACGAAUAUAGUAGUGAUCUUAUGUCUACAGCAUCUACUAGAGUCCAGUCAGCUUCUGAAUUAAAUAAUUCUUUGGAUUCUAUUUAA